CGAAGAGAGGGAAGGUGGGCCGAAGACUCACCGUCGACAGCACCAACUCCCCUUCUCUCGUCCUUUGCGGCUUGGCCUUUGGAUAAGCGUUUUGUAAGCCAAGUGUUUUCGGAAGAAGAUCAUUUUACUGAUUUUGUUCCCGAGCUGACCAGGUCUUACUUUGUGAAGGUUGUGCUGCUGGGGUGUCCAAGAAAAGAAGAAAACUGUUCCUGCAGCAAAAUAAUGAUGGUAGAUCUGAAGGUGGCUGACUGUUUGAACCCUCAGAUCAAAGUUCUGUCAGAAAGCAAGGGGCCUGUGAUAGAGAGUUCCAGUCACAGUAAGAAAUGUACUGCACAAAUGGACAAUCCCAGUCCUGAAAGCUGUCGCCAGCACUUCCGGAAUUUCUGCUAUCAUGAAGCAUCAGGACCCCGUGAAAUUGUUGGACAACUUCAGGAAUUAUGCCGUCAGUGGCUCAGGCCAGAGCUCCACUCAAAAGACCAGAUCUUGGAACUGCUUGUGCUGGAACAGUUUGUGACCAUUCUACCCAGGGACACCCAGAGCCGGAUAAGGAAGGACCAUCUACAGAGCAUUGAGGAGGCUGUGGCCCUGGUAGAGCACUUGCAGAGGGAAUCUGGUCACGCGAGGAAUGGGGUUGCAGUCCAAGAUCUGGGAAAGGAGGCAGUGCUUUUGGGAGGAACAGCAGAAUCUCAGCCAGUGGGCAUGGCCCAGGAUGAAGAAUUCUGGAAAACAUACCAGGGUCUGCAAGAACAGCUGAGCAGGAGUACUCAUACAGGAACUGAGCCUGUAUGUGAGAUGGCUGUGCCUGCUCACCAGAUCCUAGCCUUUCCUGGGCGGACAAACACUAAAGACUGGACGGUGGCACCCGAGCUCGUCUUGCCUGAGUCCCAGAGCUUGUUGACAUUUGAAGAAGUGGCCAUGUAUUUUUCCCAAGAGGAAUGGGAGUUACUGGAUCCCACUCAGAAGGCCCUCUACAAUGAUGUAAUGCGGGAAAACUAUGAGACUGUCAUCUCUCUAGCUGUGCCUGCUCACCAGAUCCUAGCCUUUCCUGAGCAGAUAAACACCAAAGACUGGACAGUGGCACCUCAGCUCGUCUUGCCUGAGUCCCAGAGCUUGUUGACAUUUGAAGAAGUGGCCAUGUAUUUUUCCCAGGAGGAAUGGGAGUUACUGGAUCCCACUCAGAAGGCCCUCUACAAUGAUGUAAUGCGGGAAAACUAUGAGACUCUCAUCUCUCUAGCCUUAUUUGUGCUCCCCAAACCUAAAGUGAUCUCCUACCUAGAGCAUGGGGAAGAGCCAUGGGUUCAAGGGUCUUUGGAGUUCAAGAACAAUCCUGGAGAGCUGCCUUCAGAGUUAAAGGUCAAAACUGACACUGAAAACCAUCAGCCUGUGUGUCUUUCUGACUUAGAAAUACAAGCGCCAGGAGACAUAGUAUCGAAAAAGACCCGGGUGAAAGUUCCCCAGAAAACCACAGGCAAAGAAAAUCAUGGUGAUACACAGAAGAUUGGGAAAUGGCAAAGAGAUUUUCCCGUGAAGAAAAGAAAGAAACUUUCAACAUGGAAACAAGAGCUGCUAAAACUUAUGGAUCUCCACAAGAAAGCUCGUGCUGGAGAGAAGCCAUUUAAAUGCCAGGAAUGUGGGAAAAGCUUCAAGGUUAGCUCUGACCUCAUUAAGCACCAAAGAAUUCACACUGAAGAGAAACCAUAUAAGUGUCAGCAGUGUGAUAAGAGGUUUAGAUGGAGUUCAGAUCUUAAUAAGCACUUAACAACACACCAAGGAAUAAAACCGUACAAGUGUUCCUGGUGUGGGAAAAGCUUCAGUCAAAAUACAAAUUUACAUACACACCAAAGAACGCACACUGGAGAGAAGCCCUUUACAUGUCACGAGUGUGGGAAAAAAUUCAGUCAGAACUCCCACCUUAUCAAACAUCGGAGAACCCACACAGGCGAGCAGCCAUACACUUGUAGCGUAUGCAGGAGAAACUUUAGCAGGAGGUCAAGCCUUCUUAGACACCAGAAACUCCACCGCUGAAUGGAUGUUUGUCCAGUGUCCUCAUUCUGAAGAAGUUCGCCAAGUGGAGGUUAACCCCGAGAUUUAUGAAAAAUAUAUGAAAUUAU